UGCGUACAAGUCAGAAACACAGAAGGAUGUAAUAAACAGAGCAGAGUCGACCAUUAUCAAUGAACACUAUCGAAAGUAUCUUCUUACUGUUUUUAUGAGAAGUUCCUGCAUCUGGAUGAAGGUUCGAUUGACAGACUAAACUAAACGGAUUACAGAUGCAGGCCCUGGAAGAACAAUUGGGUAGUGUGCUGUUUGUACGCUGCGUGCUGCCUCCUCUCAGGCUGCUCUGUGCUGCUGUAUGGCACCUGAUCCAGCAGGAAGCAGUCAUACACUAUGGCAUGCUGGAGGAGUUUGUGUCUCUCAUCACAGACACACUCCCUGAUCUGCUGAGCUACAGGCAGAAGACUCAGCUCACCAUGGGGCUCAGAGCAAAGCAUGUGCUGGAGUUAUGUGGCAUGGAGCCUCUGGCUGAUCCGGUUACAGUUCAGGCCAAUUUACAGCGGAUCGAGACCAUUGUUGCACUUCACAAGGAACUGGAGGCAGGUGAUACACAUGUGGAAGAAUCUGGAAAUAACUUUGUGGCUCUGGUGCAGUUUUUAAUGAAGGAUCCAGCUGAGAGAAGCAUCUUCUUUAAGGAUGUGUAUCCCACACAGUAUGGUGUGAAGUUCAAUACAGCGUUACAGAAGCUGAUGUGGCUGUUCCUGUCUAGACUAGAAAAUGCUCUUCCACAGCCUACUCUAGAGGAGGUUGCCCACUUGCUCAGCACUGCCCCUACAGUCAUGGAGGAAUGUGUUCAGUCUCUUUCACAACCUCAGCAAAUGAGAAACAUUCUUAAAUACCAAAGAGAAGCCAAUGUAGAAAUUAAAGACACUACACCGUCAUGGUCCACCACUCCUGAUGACUGCAUCCUCUCCUGUCUCAGCAGUCCUCAGUUUAUACAAAUUCUUCUCAGAGAACAGACGCCUCUAGACACCCAGGCCGAGUCGGGGCUUGAUUACGUUCCUUCAUACUGCCAAGAGGUCCAGGUAGAAUCAGUGUUCAUUACGCAGUACAUUCAGAAUGAACUGGAGACGAGCAUAUCUGAGGAAAAUGAUGACAGCAUGCAGUGUGAUGCACAAGAAUCUGAAGAAUGGGAUCCAGUAGACACUAAAAAUUCUACAGAAGUUGUUUACGAAGACUUCGAAUCCGUGGACCUGCACACCAUGGACACUGAGGUGGUCGAAAGAUCUGAAAAGCAAGAUCCUGUCAACGUCAGUUUUGUGGACGUGGAAGCUGCUGAUGCCAAAGAGGAAUCCCUAACUCCUCAAGAAGAGAAGAGGAUGGUGAAGAAUCAGGAGGCAACAGAGUUGGUCAGCUUGUACAAGAUUAAACAAUCUUUUGUUAAGCUAGAUAUGCUCGACCUUUCUCGUACACAAUUUUCUAAGACUUUUUACCCCGGACCUCAAAAACAAGGACGUGGCCGGCCAAAGAAGAAUCCUCAGAAUAAAACACCAUGCAGGAAGAAGAAAGAAGAGAAAAAUGUUAUGGUUCAAUGUGCAUCAAUUAACAAGCUUAAAGGACUCAAAAAUGGUGUCUCCAGCAUUGUUCCAGCGCUAAAGAAGAAAUAUACACUCGUAAAAGGGGCAUCUGGGGAAUAUGCCUGCUCUCUGUGCUCCUUCCGGGAUGGUGAGGAGAUCCAGAUGCACCAACACCUCAUCGUUCAUCAUCCAGAAGAAUACAAGCAGCUUUGUGUGGCAGAAAAUGGAGAGGAGCAUCAGGAGGUUGUGAGCGCACCUCAUCAAUCAGAAAAACAGAAUAACUCCGUCGGUAAAAUUCGGUCCUACAGAGGCGUGUCAGUCUGUAAAACAUGCCCCACGUGCGGCAAAACAUUCACCCGAAGCUCAGAUAUGAGAAGACAUCAAGUGUCUCAUACAGCUGAUCGUCCUUUCCUAUGCCGGAAUUGUGGUAAGACCUUCAGGUACCCCUUUGAUUUGAGAAGACAUCAGCAGUCUGUGUGUGCACAUAAAGAUUAUGUGGUGGUGUACCGGAGAAAUGGUGAAGUCACAGAGGAUGGAAAUGAAGAAAUCAAGGUGGAUGAUUCAGGAGCAACAUGCCAGCACCUCCACAACUCUAUUAAACCUAGUGAGAAAGCAGAAUGUUUAAGUUCAGACUCGGUCAUAAGUCCUGGGUCUGGAAUUCAGCCCAGAUCUGUGAUGUCAAUAAGUGAUGAAUCAGAGCAGACACAUGGUUCAAGCUCAAUCCCAAUCAACUCUCACUCAAAACGGCACUUAAGGUCCGCUUCAUCCAACCAUCCUCAUAAGUGCUCUCAGUGUGGCAAAGGCUUCAAGUAUUCCUACAACCUCAAAAAACAUGAGGAUGUCUGUGAAGGGAAAAGUCAAUGCACGGGUUCAAUAUUGUGCCUUUCUACAGAGCGAGAGUCUGAUGCAUCUGAAUCUUUAUGUAUGAAUGAGCAAGAACAACAGGAGAAUGCAGCUCAAUCCAUAAAGUGUGAUUUGUUUCCUGCAGUCAGUGUGAGAAGAAAUGUAAAGAAAUAUAAAGAUUCUGGAUUGCUAAUGAAGCAUGAGCAGAUUCGUGCCAGUAGUGAGCGAUGCUUUAAGUGUGUGAAAUGUGAUACUUUGUACAAUACAGUGCUUGAGGUCCAGAAGCAUGUGCAGGUUCAUUGGGGUGAGGACCCACUGCAGUGUUCUCAGUGUGGUAAGUACUGCCUGAGCCAAAGUGAACUAACGAGGCAUUCUUUGGCACACGAGAAGGAGAGCAAGCAUCCCUGCUUUUUGUGCUCAGAGACUUUCGAGAGGCUUGACUCGCUGAGGGAGCACUACCUCAAUGUCCAUGAUUUUAAAGGACCGUACCAGUGUUCCAAGUGCGAUAAAACUCACACGGACCUCAAGGCUACAGUUAAACACAUGAAGACGCAUACCGAGGAGCGGCCUUACCAGUGUUCUCAUUGCUCAAAGAGCUUCAAGCAACGUGGUGCACUCAAUGUACAUGCAAAAAUUCACUCAGGGGACAAGCCUUUCCUCUGUGAGGAGUGUGGGAAAUGCUUCAGCAGCAACAUCAGUCUGCAGAGGCACUCCGUGUCCCACAAAACAGAAAGACCGCACACAUGCCCUCAGUGCAAGAACCGCUUUAAAACACGUUACGCACUCUGUAGCCAUUUGCUGAAGCAUACGGCAGGAGCGAGCAUACCCUGCGAGUUCUGUGGGAAGAUGUUCUUCCGAGCGUCUGCACUGAACAGACACCACCGGACCCACACAGGAGAGAGACCGUACAACUGCCCUAAAUGCGCCAAGACGUUCCUGACCAAAGGCGAGGUUGCGAAACACAUGCGCUAUCAUACAGGAGAGCGGCCCUUCCAAUGUACACUCUGCUCCAAGACGUUCACACAGACGUGCUACCUAAGCGUCCACAUGCGGACACACACAGGAGAGCGGCCUUACAAGUGCAGCAUUUGUAAAAGAGCUUUUGUUUGUAACACACACUUGAAAAGACACAUGUUAGUGCAUACACAGGAAAGGCCAUUCAGAUGUGACUGUGGAAAGGCAUUUAAUCAGGCACAUUCUUUAAAAGUGCAUCAGAGAAGUCAGUGUCUCUUACAAAAGAAAUAGCUUUAAUAAAUUUCUGAUAGGUUUCCGAUUUAUCUUUCACAGAUACACUAAGCCUUUAAAGAUCUACAGCUUUAUAUUAUACCUCAGGUUUUUGCUCGGUUUUCUUCAUAUCUGAAUUAUUCUAUAUUAGGAUGUUUUGACGAGGAUGCAGAGGAGGAAAAUUUAGUAGUCCUCAAGAUAAGGAGAGAAGUUGAAAUGCAGUCCAUAAAUGCAAUGUUUCUUGAUGCAAAUCAGUUGGAACCUCCACCCAACCUCAGCACACACACACACAAACAAAAGAUAUUUUGUCUUACACCUACUAUCAGGACUGUAAUGCAAUUACAUAAAGUUUGAAUCAUACAGCGUUUAGUUACACCACACUAUUCCCAAACUCUGAAAAAACUAUGGAUUUAAGUUGUAUUGAAUGUCAAAUAAAAUGUCUAUUUGCUCUA